GCGGGGUGGAGGGGAAGUUAGUCGGUGGACUGGAGAGCUGGCGCAGCUGCCGUGGCGGCAGCGACUGUAGUGUCGGCGGCUGUAGUGGCUGCAACAACUCCGGUUUCGGGGCUUUGGCAGCGGCGCCAGCGGGCUGUGCUGUGGUGUGCUGACUCCGGUGUGCGGUCCGGGUUUCUGGGUCGGCGCGUAAGAUGGCCCUCAUGGAGGAGUUUCUGAGAAGCACCGCUGGGCCAGUGGCUUUGACAAGGAGCUCAAACCAGAGACUGUUUAAAGCCCUGGACAUCGCAUCCUGAGGCCCGCAGGAGAGGCGAGCAUGGCCGUGAGUUUGGAUGACGACGUGCCCCUCAUCCUGACUGUGGAUGAGGGUGGCAGCGCCCCAGCGGCUCCCUCCGACAGCCUAGGCCCCGAGGAGCUGCCGAGCAGAAAUGGGGGCAGCCACGCCAUUCCUGACUCCCGGAUCCCCAUUCUGGUCUCUGGGGCCGAGAGCUCCCCAGCCAGCCCCACCCGACACGACUGGGAGAUGAAUUACCAAGAGGCGGCCAUCUACCUCCAGGAAGGCGAGAACAACGACAAGUUCUUCACCCACCCCAAGGAUGCCAAAGCGCUGGCGGCCUACCUCUUCGCACACAACCAUGUCUUCUACCUGAUGGAGCUGCUCACCGCCUUGCUGCUGCUGCUGCUGACGCUGUGUGAGGCUCCCGCUGUGCCCGCGCUGCGCCUGGGCAUCUACGUACACGCCACUCUGGAGCUGUUCGCCCUGACUGUGGUGGUGUGUGAGCUCUGCAUGAAGCUGCGGUGGCUGGGCCUCCACACCUUCGUCCGGCACAAGCGGACCAUGGUCAAGACCUCUGUGCUGGUGGUGCAGUUCGUGGAGGCCAUCGUGGUGCUGGUGCGGCAGACGUCCCACGUGCGGGUCACCCGGGCGCUGCGCUGCAUUUUCCUGGUGGACUGUCGCUACUGCGGUGGUGUGCGGCGCAACCUCCGGCAGAUCUUCCAGUCCCUGCCGCCCUUCAUGGACAUCCUCCUGCUGCUGCUCUUCUUCAUGAUCAUCUUUGCCAUCCUCGGGUUCUACUUGUUCUCUGUGAACCCUUCUGACCCUUACUUCAGCACCCUGGAGAACAGCAUCGUCAGCCUGUUUGUCCUCCUGACCACGGCCAACUUCCCAGAUGUGAUGAUGCCCUCCUAUGCCCGCAACCCGUGGUCCUGCGUCUUCUUCAUCGUAUACCUGUCCAUCGAGCUCUACUUCAUCAUGAACCUGCUCCUGGCCGUGGUGUUUGACACCUUCAAUGACAUCGAGAAGCGCAAGUUCAAGUCUCUCCUGCUGCAUAAGCGAACCGCCAUCCAGCACGCCUUCCGCCUGCUCACCAGCCAGCGGCGGCCCUCAGGCAUCUCCUACAGGCAGUUCGAAGGCCUGAUGCGCUUCUACAAGCCCCGGAUGAGUGCCAGGGAGCGCUUCCUGACGUUCAAGGCCCUGAACCAGAGCAACAAACCUCUGCUGAGCCUGAAGGACUUCUGCGACAUCUAUGAAAUCGCCACCCUGAAGUGGAAGGCCAAGAGAAACCGUGAGCACUGGUUCGACGAGCUCCCCAGGACGGCCUUCCUCAUCUUCAAGGGAAUUAAUAUCCUGGUGCAGUCCAAGGCCUUCCAGUAUUUCAUGUACUUGGUGGUGGCGGUGAAUGGGAUGUGGAUCCUGGUGGAGACGUUCAUGCUGAAGGGUGGGAACUUCUUCCCCAAGCACGUGCCCUGGAGCUACCUGGUCUUUCUCACGAUCUACGGGGUGGAGCUGUUCCUGAAGGUGGCCGGCCUGGGCCCUGUGGAGUACCUGUCCUCCGGAUGGAACCUGUUUGACUUCUCUGUUACUGUAUUUGCCUUCCUGGGCCUGCUGGCCCUGGCUCUCAACAUGGAGCCCUUCUACUUCAUCGUGGUCCUGCGUCCGCUCCAGCUGCUGAGGUUGUUCAAGCUGAAGAAGCGAUACCGCAAUGUGCUGGAUACCAUGUUUGAGCUGCUGCCACGGAUGGCCAGCCUCGGCCUCACACUGCUCAUCUUCUACUACUCCUUCGCCAUCGUGGGCAUGGAGUUCUUCUGCGGGCUCCUCUACCCCAACUGCUGCAACGCCAGCACAGUGGCGGACGCCUACCGCUGGCUCAACCGCACCGUGGGAGACAAGACGGUGGUGGAGGAGGGCUACUACUAUCUGAACAACUUCGACAACAUCCUCAACAGCUUCGUGACCCUGUUCGAACUCACAGUUGUCAACAACUGGUACAUCAUCAUGGAAGGUGUCACCUCGCAAACCUCCCACUGGAGCCGCCUGUACUUCAUGACCUUUUACAUCGUGACCAUGGUGGUGAUGACCAUCAUUGUGGCCUUCAUCCUGGAGGCCUUCGUCUUCCGGAUGAACUACAGCCGCAAGAGCCAGGACUCGGAAGUGGAUGGCGGCAUCACCCUUGAGAAGGAAAUCUCCAAGGAGGAGCUGGUGGCCGUCUUGGAGCUGUACCGGGGGGCACAAGGGGCUGUGUCCGAUGUCACCCGGCUGCUCGAGACCCUCUCGCAGAUGGAGAAGUACCAGCAAAACUCCCUGGUGUUUCUGGGGCGGAGGUCAAGGACCAAAAGCGACCUGAGCCUGAAGAUGUACCAGGAGGAGAUCCAGGAGUGGUAUGCGGAGCACGCCCGGGAGCAGGAGGCCCAGCGGCAGCAGCUCAGCGGCAGUGGCCCAGUGCCCACCACCCAGCAGCCCUCUGGCAGCCGCCAGCGCUCCCAGACGGUCACCUAGCACCAGCUGGUGAAGCCAUCUCUUCUAUGCAAUAACACAGUAGUAUUCUCUUCCUACCCUGUAUCGGGAGACCGUGUGCGCACACACACAUAUAUGCACAUGUUUAUACACAGCGAGAGCGGGCCACGAGCAGUGAGUAGUCACCUGAACCUGUCUUCCGGAUGCCACAGUCCUGGCCUGCAAGGCUGACCCUGCAGGGCCGGGCUGGGCUGAGCUUCCUGCUGCUGCUUCCAGGCCCAUAGGCCCCGAGAGCGCCUGUGAACCCUCCCUGUGACCUUGUCACAGGCGUAUGUCUGGCUUUUGGGACAAAACCACUUACAGGUAGGAAGGAAAGAACUCCCCACCACGUGCUAUUUCUCAGGUGAGAAUGUACCCACGGGCUGGAGGGUGAGGUUACAGGUCAUAGAGGGUGGUCAGUUGUAGGCAGCCAGUGCCGGGCAAGAGGUGGCAUUGACCCAUUUCAGUCCCACCUCUGCGAGCCUUCUCCUAUGCACAUUUGUUUAGCCCUUGUGGCCAGAAAACCUCCUGCAACAGCCUCCUGCACCCAAGUCCUCUUCUUGUGAUGGGGCUGUGUGCACUGGGGACGCUCGCUGUGGCCAUGGUGGGGACUCAUCCCAUCCUGAGGUUUUCUGUGGUCGGACUUUAUUGCAGAGGAGGCUCAGGCAGACCCCCAACUACAAGGGCCCCAGUACCUCUUGGGCCGUCUGUGUGGUGACCAGAGGUGGCCAAGGUAGGACAGACAACACAAGCUGGAGGUGAGGGACAGCCGCCAGGCAGGCAGAGCCUGGCCCGGGGGAGCAGUCCCAGUCCCAACCCCUCCGGGCCACCCCAGGGCCAAGCUAGUCUGGAAGCCGGCUGGUCGCCCUCUCCCUGCAGCAGGGUGUAGAGCUUGUCCAAGUUUUAAGCACAGCCCUUUGGGAAAACACUGCUUCCCAGGGCGGUCAGGAGACGACAUGGUCCUCUUCCUCUCUGGAGGGCCAUCGGCCACGGCACGAGCCGGGGCCAGAGCUCUCCUCACCAGAGAGGGAAACUUAUUUGCACAUCCGGUGCCUUCUUUUUGUGUAUUGGAAUGGGGGGGCACCAGGGGAUGUGGCUCUGGCCCACAGCCAGGGUGUCCUGGUGCUGUUGGGGGUCACUAGACCACCCUCCUGUCCCUGGCCUGGUCUUGGUCAGGGCAGACAGACGCACGGCAGCAGUAGGGUUGGCGGGCCAGACUCCAGCCAGUGAUGAGGGCUGUCGUCAAGCCAGUGACACUGGGCGUCACCCCCGGCCGAGAGCUCAAGCCUUGGGAUGUCACCUAGCUCAGAUGACCCCACGCCCCACAUCGUAGCCGCAGGACCAGGUGACACUUGCUGCAGACCCCAGGUCACAGCCUGUCCAGGGCAGCAGUAGCACCGUGCCCUCCCGCAGGCCAUGGCGCUUUGGGGAGGACAGUGCCCCCCACCUCAGCCUUACUUCACACCACGCGCACAGUCAAUCAUUUUGUACGGAUCUCGGGAGCCACGCUGUAAGAUUUUAUACGCUGGUGAUUUGCUACGUAGUAACCCACUGUGACUCUGGAUCUCUGGCCUGUUGAUAAUAAAAGAGCCUGUGCUUUGUA